GCAGGGGAUGGAGAGCCGAGCUGCGGCACGAGAGAGACGUGAAGGAACCAGAGUGUCGGUGCAUGAGGCCCUCAGGUGCUGCUAGGAGAACCCAUGGAGCCCGACGUCAUGCCCUUGCACUCCUCCUCCUCCUCCCGGCCUCCACUGGACGCCGAUGAGGAGGCGGGGUCGGAGGAGGAGGACGAGUUUGGGGACUUUGGGGGAUUCUCCGUGGUGGUGUCCUGCUCUCACCCCGGCUACGCCGAUUGGACUGAGUCACCGUCCGGCACGAAGCCACACCCCCUUGGCUUUAACCCCCAGGUUGAACAAUCCCAGCCCGCGUCCACUGGGGACUCUGGGACUGCGGGAUCACGUGUGCACCUCACAAACGGGUACCCCGAAGGAGACCCCGGAGGAGACCCCGGAUCUGGUGCGUGUUCUCCCAGGGAGGAAACCGGGUUUGCCGAUUUCAGCGUGUUCGCGGAGCAGGCGGCGCACCCCUGGUGCUGCGGCUUCACCCCCUCGGGGGGCGAGGAGCGGUGGGACGUCCGGGUGGAGCGCUCCGCCCGCCAAGAACACGCCGGCGAUCCUCCGGGACGGGAGGUCGUUCUGGACUCAGAGCCCAGGUCUCGUGGCGCUCGGGAGGCGCUCGGACACGCUCUCGCGAAGCGCCGCGAGAGAGGAGACGAGGCCCGCCUGCAACCACCUCGGGAAGGUGGAGAGCUUCACUCGGGGGAGGAGGAGGAGCUCGGAGAGGAAAGGAGGCGUGGUUUUAAAUCUUCUCAAGCAGAAGACGUGCAGAAGGAUGGAGACCGGAGCGCCUCCGCCCUCCCGCAAACAUUCGGUUCGUACGAGUCCGCCUCGGAGGACCCGGCGUCCUUCUCCGACGACCUGUCGCUCGAGUGUCCUUCUGCGGACUUGGAGCCGAACGUUUCAUCUCUCGUUUCGCAAGAGGACCAGACGGACUGGGACCAGACCGACGACGACAACGACGAGGAAGAACUGGACCACUACCGGGCUCCUGACCUCGCUGCCGGCGCCGGCGGCUUUCACUACGGCGACCAGUCUGCGACUCAGGGAACGUGCGCUACCUCCAACCAGUCACGACCUGGACCGCACGCAGAAGACUCGCAUCCGGCCUUCAAAGACGGCGGCUCGGAGCAUCUCGGGGUCAGAGGUCGAGGAAACCUCCCGCCGAGCGACAGCUUCGCGGAUUUCUGCUCGGCGCCCGAGCAGGAGGACGGAGACGGGUCGUGGGCGGAGUUCAAGGACCAGAGGGCUGUGGAGGAGGAGGAGCCAGGCGGCCUGCAGACUGACGGGGACGCGGAGGAGGACCAGACCAGACCAGGGCGACUCGGGGGGUCCGGGAAGAACAGCUACCAGGGGUCGCUGUCCUGCCGUGUGCAGCAGCUUCUCCUGGCCUGUUAUCCGGAGGUAGAGGUCCCGGCUGUGGGAGGCGAGGAAGAAGAGGAGGAGGAGGAGGAGGAGGUGCAGGUGCCGAGCCUCGGUGCUCUGCUUCACGCCCGACUCCUCCCUGACAGCGAGGAGGAGGAGGAGGAGGAGGAAGAGGAAGAGGAGGAGAUACCUGAACUCUGCCUCAGAUCUAACUGGAGGAGGUGGAGGAGGUGGUGGAUUCAUCAGGACCUCCACGAUGCGGUCGGCCUCCGGUUCCAGUGGGGCGGCUCCCACACUAACCGGACUCUGCUCCGGUGUCUCGGUGUGGAGACGCGGAACAUUGUGUUCAUUGGCAUAAAGAAGCAGCCGGUAGCUGUGCCUGCUUUUGCUUCCAGUCUGGGAAUGCUGGAGCCCACCAAAGACUCUCCGGAGCCGUCGACAGACUCAACGCAGGAGGCGCCUCCUCCCGGCCAGCCGGCCCGGAGCGGCCGCGGCCUCAGCGGCUCUCAGGACGAUUUACUUCUCAGAUUCAAUGCGCCGCAAUACUGCUCCGCUCUCAACCUGGAUUAUUUUGGUCCUGAUGAAGAGAGCGGAUCCAGGAGCAGCAGAGUCGACCGCCGGCUGCUCGCCGCGUUGACCCGCCUGAUGUCCACCGCCGAGAGGAGCAGCACGCCGGCCCGGAAACCCCGGCAGGAUGAGGAGGAGCCGAGUCGGGAGGCCGCCGGCGUGAUCUCCUCUCUGCCCGACCUCUCCUUCAUGAUGGCCCUCAUGUUCCCGAGCGUCCUACCCAGAGGAGGCCGCUCCCCAAAGUCACACCAACGUCCAUUUCACUGAGCAAUAAUCUGCUGAAAGGGACAAAGAAAGAGCUUUUAAUCCGGUUGAUUUGCUCUUCUUUAUGUCCAUACGACAAGAAAAACAACAACAACAACACAAAAUAAACACGAUACGAGGACACAGACCAGCAGUUCAAAGACAUUCGUUCCAAUGUUUCCAAUUUUAAAUUAUUUUAGACAAAUGUUAUAAAGGCAGAAAUAACGUGACUUCUGAUUUUUUUGAUCUUGAAGAUGGAUGAAAUAUGAAUAUUUUAUUUUCCUUCU